AUGGCAAGCUUAUCGUCCUUGAAGAAGCGUGCGCUACACUUCUUCACUGGUGGAAAGCGGGGCGAGGUUUCGGAAAUUCGCGAAGACCUGCACGCUUCGUCCUCCACGGUUCGGAAGCACGCUCUGCGACAGACUAUCGCAUCGAUGACCGUUGGCAAGGAUAUGGCGCCGCUGUUCACCGAUGUGGUAAACUGCGGCCAGACAAGUAACCUCCAGAUGAAAAAGCUCGUUUACCUCUACAUCAUGUACUACGCCAAGAAUCAGCCGGAUCUCGCGAUCCUCGCCGUCAACAGUUUCGUGAAGGAUGCGCAGGAUCCCAAUCCCCUGAUCCGAGCAAUCGCUAUCCGAACGAUGAGUUGCAUUCGACUGGAGCGCAUUGCAGAGUACCUGGUGCCGCCGCUGCGACAAGCGCUCACCGAUCCAGACCCCUACGUUCGAAAGACUGCAGCACUCGCUGUCGCCAAACUCUAUGAUGUGAAUCCUACCGUUGCAAUAGAGGGCGGCUUUUUAGAUGCGCUUCGCAACCUUCUUCAAGACGGCAAUGCCGUGGUCCUCAGUAACGCGAUCGCUGCCUGGUUGGAUAUCCGCCGAAGAGCAGCGCAACGCGAUGACGCUGCGCGCAGCCACUUGUCGCUCGAAGCGACCCAUAUUCGAAGACUCCUGGUUGCGCUUCCGGACUGUGGUGAAUGGGGUCAGCUGACCCUGCUUGAGGCGUUAUCGCUGUACGAUCCCCAGCACGCUGCUGAGGCGAAAAUCAUCGUCGAGCGUCUGACCUCGCGACUUCAACACGCAAACUGCGCCGUCGUCCUCAUGACGAUUCGGAUCCUGUGGCGUUUACUGGAGCGCUUCCCCACAGCAUUGAGCGAAUCAAGCAGCGGUGAUUUCAAAACGCGCAAGAUGCUUCCGGCACUGGUGUCUUUGGUAUCGAGUGCGCAGCCGCCAGAGGUUGCAUACGUUGCACUCCGGAUCCUGCAUAUUUUCAUGCAUACCAAUUCAGCCUAUCUAGAAAAGCACUAUCAGAGCUUUUUCUGUGAUUUUAAUGAGCCUAGUUAUGUGAAACAGGAAAAAAUCGGCCUUCUCAUGUACGUGUUGAAUGCGGCAAAUGCGAAUGCGAUACUCGCGGAGCUGCAGCGCUAUGCGAACGACGUCGAGCAAAACCUGGCGACACGCGCCGUUGACGCUAUCGGCUUUGCGGGCCUGCGGUGCGAGGCCGCUGCGCCUGCCGCGGUAGAGGCUUUGCUGAGCCUUGCGCGACGCGGUGCACCGCAGAUGACAGAGCGCGUGCUGGUGGCGGUCACCGUGCUUCUCCGUCAGUACGGUAAUCGCUUCCAGGCAGCAGCAGAGAAAUUUGUGCAGCUCGCAACCGCUCCAGACGACGAGCAUGGCCAAGUGGCACUCGUUCGCUUCGAAGAUGAGCGAGCACGUGUUGCCCUGCUCUGGCUGGUAGGCGCAUACGCACCACUCAUUUUUUGUGAUGUGCUUCGUGGGUCCAUUUGGGCAGCGGAGCAGGAGGCUGGGUUUCUGUCGGAGACGCAUUCCGUCCAGAGUCAAAUACUAUCGAGUCUGGCGCGUUUGUAUGGGCGUGCUCGGCAGCGCGCGGCUAGCAAGUCGACGCCUGAGGCGGUCAGUGAGCUUCGUGCUGCUGCAGCGGCCCUGGAGCACACGUGCCAGGUGGCUAUCGCGCAGAGCGGACGCCCCGAGGUGCGCGCUCGGGCGCUCUUUUAUCGUUGGCUGCUCGACCAAGAGGCUCCGUCGGCAACGACGUCCAGCAUCACGCUUAGCGAAGUGGAACGUCUCGCCCACGAAGAAAAGCCACCAGCAAUACCACUGCAUGCUGUUUUCAACGAGGACCCGGCGCUGCUUCAAGAGUUCCAAGACGAACUCGGAUCCAUCGCUUCGGUGCUUGGUCUGUCGUCACAUAGGCUGGCAUGGGUCCGUUCCACACGUUUCGAAACGCAGGCGCUGGCGCAUGCGGGCUCAGAUAUGCACCCAGAAAGAGCUGGUGGUGUCCAAGCAACCGCUAGAGUGCCGCUCCCCGCGACAGCGACAGCGACAGCGACAGCGACAGAGCGCUCGACCUCAGCGUCCCGUUCGGUGCCAAGCGGGAAUGAGGUUCCUUUGCCUGCGGCUCCUGAUCAUAUUCCGCCUCGCUUGCUCUUAUCGACAGAGGCCGGACACGGGCUACGUAUUACCGGUGGACUGGUGCGAUCUCGGACAUCGUCAUCGUCAUUUGAUGAGACGCAUGGCAUGCAGCUGCGUUUGCUGUUGGAGAAUAUUGCCGCAGCUCAGGGCGUCGGUGAUUUUGCGAUUCAACUGAACAAGAACAUCUUUGGGGUCGUGGCACCGCCGCGCUUCACAACGGAGCCACCAAUCCUUCAACGAGGCGACAGUGCGGUGGUGGUGCUCCCGCUCACCAUCCAGAAGGAAGCAUUCGCUGAUCAACGAGCGAAUCUGGUGCAAAUUGCCAUCAAGUGCACACCACUGGGGGUGCUCUACUUUUCCGAUACGAUACCGGUCAUGGAGGCGAUCCACGCGACACCUCGCUCCCUUGAUCGAGCAGCUUUUCUAGACCAGUGGAAUCGUUUGGGAUCCGCUGCUGAAGAGCGUUUCAACUGGGAGCGAGCCGCCUCGCAGACGGUAUCAGACGUUCGGACGCGUCUCCGGGCGCUGACACAGACCUUGUCGAUCAUGGCGGAGCGCUGGCUCCAGCCGACUGAUGCGUCUGUCUGGCAGGUGUUCUGGGCAGCUCAGAUGGGUCUCAGUGCACCAAUGUUGGGCGAAAUGGUUGUCGAGUCCACACCGCCGCGGGUAGCGCUAGUGGUGCGCUCGCAGGCACCAAAACUGGUCAUCUCGCGCCUGGUCGAGAUGCUCCAACACCAUCUCACCGGUAAUGUAGCGCUAGCCUAG